AUGGGUGUCGGUCUCAAGCCGCUCGAGUUCACCGACUGCCUCACGGACAGCCCGUAUUUCCGCGAGAAUUUGCACUACCACGAGAGCGAGUUGGAGAAGACCAGCCAGCAGAUCAAACGACUCAUCAAGGAGGUUAAGGACCUGCUUCUGGCUGCCAAAAACCUGUCCCGAGCUCAAAGGACGUUUUCAAAGACACUGCAGAACUUCAGCUUCGAAUGCAUCGGCGAAACGCAAACUGAAGAUGAGACGCACAUAUCACAAAGUCUGAAGGAAUUUGGUAAACUCAUCGCGUCGAUAGAGGACGAACGAGACCGCAUGUUGGAGCGUGCCUACGACCAAAUAAUACUGCCAUUGGAGAACUUCCGAAAGGAGCACAUCGGAGGUGUUAAGGAAGGAAAGAAGAGGUUUGAGAAACAGACAAAUAAGUUCUGUCAAAGCCAAGAGCGUUAUCUAAACCUCUCCACGAAGAAGCAGGACAAUGUUCUUCAAGAGGCUGAUGCUACGUUGGAUAUGGCAGAACGACACUUCUGCCGAGCGAGCCUGGAAUACGUUUUCUUGCUGCAAGCAGUUCAGGAGAGAAAGAAAUUUGAAUUUGUUGAAACGCUUUUGGGAUUCAUGUUUGGCUGGCUAACCUUCUAUCAUCAGGGUCACGAGGUUGCGAAAGACUUCAAGCCGUACAUGACAGAGUUGCAACUGAAGAUACAGAAGACUAGAGAGAACUUCCUCGCCACGCGAGAUAAGACGGAAUCGCUAAUGAACAAAAUGAAGGAAAUAAAGAGGUCCGAAGUCGAGACUGGCUUGAGCAAGCUGAACUCUCGCGAAGGCUACUUAUUUUUAAUGGAGAAAAAGGCCUUCGGAACAACGUGGACUAAGCAGUAUUGCACAUAUCAAAAGGAUAAGAAAGAAUUCACCAUGAUACCUUAUAAUCAACUUACAGGGAAAUUUAGCAACAAGGAGACACUUAUCGUUGCAUCUUGCGUACGUCGAAUGUCAGAGACGAUAGAGAAAAGGUUCUGUUUUGAUAUCACCGCUGUAGAUAAGCCUGGUAUAAUAUAUACUUUUCAAGCACUUUCUGAGCAAGACAGAAAGCUGUGGAUGGAUGCGAUGGAUGGCAAGGAACCGACAUACGCCCUGCAAGGACCACUAGUGAAGUCCGAAGAGAAUGUACUCGAUGAGGCAGGUUUCGCUUUUGUUUCGAAGUGCAUCGCAGUUCUGGAAGACAGAGGCCUCGAGGAACAGGGUCUGUACAGAGUCGUUGGAGUGGCUUCAAAAGUUAACAAACUCCUUGCGAUGGGGCUCGACAGGAGGAAACUGGAGAAAUUGAAUCUGGACGACAGGUUCGAGUGGGAGAGCAAAACUAUCACUAGUGCUCUAAAGACAUACCUCAGAACGUUAUCGGAGCCACUGAUGACAUUCCAGUACUACGACAACUUCAUAUCAGCUGCGAAACAAGAAACCAAAGAGAUGCGAAUAAACGAUGUGCACUUACUCGUUUAUCGGUUGCCCAAGCAAAACUUCAACAUGCUCAUUCUUCUUAUCAAUCACCUUCGCAAAGUCGCAGAGAAAAGUGAUAAAAACUUAAUGACUACUGGAAACCUGGCGGUUUGCUUCGGACCAACCCUUUUGCGACCGGUUGAAGAAACCGUCGCUUCUAUAAUGGACAUUAAGUUCUAUAAUAUCGUCGUAGAGAUAUUAAUAGAAAAUUGUGAGAGAAUAUCCAGGGGUCCUCCCCAGGAAUUGCCACCUCAGGUGGUGCAACCUGCCAUUCCUGCGACAAAUUUGCAGCACACUGGUCUGGAGGAAAAUCCAGUGACAGCGAGUGCGACAGCUACAACAGCUCCAACUGGAAAUGGAAACGCCCUUCUAACGAGAUACUCUGUUCACUCUGCCAUUCCAACGUCGCACGCUCAUUUCGUGACAAGGUCUUACUUUGAUGGACCAAUGUCUGUAGCCAAUGCGAGCACCGAUGAAAGGAAGAAUGGUGACUACGAAGAUUUUGACCAUGCUUCGCAUAGAAUGCCAAUGUACAUCGACGGUCGAACUACAACUCGGAUGAAGCUCACCGACACUAACUUCAUGUACCAUUCUACAGAUAAAGUUUCAGGAAGUGGGCAUACCAGUAGCUCUAGCGAAUCAGUCGCUUCCGAUUCACACCCAUACACAUCGGAAAUACCAAUCAAGCAGAAGCGUGGCUCUACAAUUGGUUUGCACCAUCCAUCUGGAUAUAUUCAGCAAGGCAUCGGCUCUAUAUCAGGGGUGAAUACCUCACCGAGCAGUGGUCGUUCGAGCCCGGGCCAAAAUCCUGGCAUUUGGAGAGUUCGCACACUGUAUGCCUGCUUGGCGGAAAAUGACGGAGAACUGUCAUUCGAGCCAAAUCAAAUAAUAACAAAUGUAAAACCAUCAUUUGAGCCAGGAUGGUUAGAGGGAACACUAAAUGGAAAGACAGGACUGGUUCCAAAGAACUACGUCGAACAGUUACCUUAAAGGUGGGCAUGGACAAUCGACUGAAUGGCUGGGGAAAUAACCACCCGAUUCCAAAAAUCACACAUUCCUCUUAGCGCUCCGUACUCCAAAAAUAUACCCGUAUACAUACGUAUAUAUAUAUAUUUAUUUAAAUAGUGAUAGUACAUCGUAAAGAAAAAAUUCAUAAUCUUGUCUGCGCCAGCAAUUUUUGCGGAACAAUUUAUAUAUAGUCAAUAUAUAUAUACAUAUUUAUUUAUUAUACAGGGAGAGGUAAAUAAAAUUAUUACCUGAAA